GGGAUGUCCACAUAUACAUGGAGGAAAAAAAAUUUCUUCCGAUUUUAGUGCACAUAGGCUCAUUUUGUUCGUUUUUCAAUAUUUAGUCAUGUUUCCAAAAAGAUCCCUAAUCAAUUAAUAUUUAGGGGUUGCUCAAUGGCCCCAAAGGUUUUUCAAUAUGCAUCAGCAUUGGGUUACCCGCGAGUCCGCGAUAAAAUUGUAACAACAGAAAAUAAUCUGUCCAUUUGACCAAUCUUUAUGAUAAGGUUACUGACUGUAAAGCACCAUUGCAUUUGCAUUACUUAUUUAUUUAGUGUUUUUAGAAUUUAGAUAUUCUAUGAUGAUGUCAUUGUCAAUGUAGCAAAUGAGAAUUAUUUCAGCAAACUUGUGAAUUUAUACAGAAUUUAUUUAAUACAUUGAUGUAAACUCUCAAUAAAGACUGUUGCUGAAAAUGGCUGCAAAGUCAAACGCUGUACCACUGACACGCACUCGAACUGCUGUUUGGCUGAUUUGGGAGAAACCUUCUAUACUUAGCUUGUCGACACCACGUGCAUGAAGUGAUUAUUGGUGAAGUGUUCACAGUUUUGCUUGGCCCAAGCCGUGGCCCAAACAUUGCUCUAUUUGAACGUUUUCAGCAGUCUUGGCCAACUAUUGACCAAAUGAACUUUGUUCCACUUGAUGAUACGCGACUUACAGUUCCACAGCUGCAACAACUCAGAGCAGAAUUUGGUCCUUUCUUGCUGUCUUUUCUGUCAGGUCAAACGUCAUAUCUACCACGAGAGGACUACAAGGAAAUGAUUGAACUUUGCCUCUUGAUAUUGGGUUUCACACUACCAAGCCAUCCAGCUGGUGGAAAGCCAUAUCAUUUCAGACAGCCGGGUGCCUACCAUAUGGCAAGAUGGAUGGCAAAGGUCAUAUAUUGCAUGAAGAUUUUCCUGUUCAGGAAUGAAUUCAAACUGACUUCAACUGAGGUGAAAAACCUGUCUGAAUUUUGCAUUUUUGCAGCUCACAUUUAUGUACCAGCUUGGAUUGCUUGUCCAGUGGCAAGUGAUGCACCAUUGAAUGAUUUGAUGCUGUUUCAGAGAAUAAAAAGAUAUGCUGAGGUACACAAGAUUGUUUCACAAGCAGCUUUGAAGAAAUUGCAGAAUCGCAUGUGGUAUCUUGGAACAGAAAUGGUUCCUCUUUCACUGUUCUCCAGCAAAGUAUCUGAUGAAGAAAAGAAGUUGAUUGCGGAAGCCAUGAUCCUCAGUGGAGAUGAUUGGAGUGUCAGGGGAAACAAGUUUCCAGUAUCAAAAUGCAAUGAGUUGGAGAAAAAGCAACUACAUGAACUGGUAACAUCAUCAUCAACAGCUGCAUUGCAGUCACUUGGACUUGACAUAACUACCUUGUCAGGACUUGAGCCCCCGAGUUGGGAAGAAAGUGCUUCAUUUCGAAAAACCAAAGCUGUUGUUGCUUCUCUCAAGGUUAUCAAUGAUACUGCCGAGCGCUCUAUUGCACUGAUGAGUUCUUUAAACCAGUCAAUAACAAAGACAGAGUCUGAAAUGCAGAAACUCCUCCAAGUUGUUGAGGACAACAGGAAGCGCAUUCCAGAUUACCGGAAAAGCACCCUGAUGGCAUAUGCCCCUCGGUAGACGUCGCAAGCUUGAAAACUGAAAUAAGUUGAACUUUGAACACGUGAACAAUAAAUGAGCAUGCAAUAAAAAUCUGAACGAACAUGUUUAAAAAUUGCUGUUAAUUUCUUUGAUAUUAAUUUUGAUAAAUUAAAAAUUGUUAAUGUGUGACUGAUUGUGUCUGCACUGUCUGUGUCAUAACCAGUAUGUCUUUUUGAAAUGAAUAGUAAUGUAUCUAUCACAUUUUAUCAUCUUGUGAUUCUAGUUUGAAGAUUUCAGUCAAAAAAGUGCAGCCGCGGCAAGUUUAUCUGUACUGUUAAACUUCACCUCCAUUGAGCAACUUGUAAAUAUCAAAAUAUAAAUGCCAAAAUUUGCAUAAAAGUUAGUUUCCAUCAAAGGAACAAAAUGAGAUACUGUGCUAGGUUGAAUUCAAAAAUUUUUUUUUUUGGACAUACCUAAUAUAUAUA